UGAAGGGUUCGCGUCACGACUGUUGUUAACUUAUUCCUGAUUGGCCCAAAGCGUAAAGAGCUUCGUUUAUAUUACGGAAAGUGUACGGUCGUAGUCGCUCGAAGAAGAGACAAAAAAAGAUGAACAAAAAAUUUGGAGGGAAGAUGCCGACGGGAACUCCGUCUCUAGCGUUAUCCACCGUCGUCGUGGUAGCCUCUCUGCUCGCCGGAGCCUCCGUCGUCCACAAUUUAUACAAGCCAGAUCUCACAUUACCUCAGAUCGAAAGUGAUGAAACAGACAAGAAGGAUUAAUCUGGAAACAAAGAUUAAACAUUUUUUUCUUUUCUGUUUUGUUGUCUUUUCUGUUUAAUGAAACUUCUUGUUUGUGAUUCCUCAAACUCCUCCAGGCUCCAGGGUUUGGUUUAUGUCCUAAAACGAAUAAACGUAUGCGUUAUGUAUGGAUAAGUCCUCUCACUGUCAGUACUUUUGUGAUCUAUCCAAGUAUGUGAUUGCAUAUUUGCAAUUUACAUGGCUAAUU